GGGCCGGGUUAGAACCCAACUUAAUUUGAAGAUGGUGAGGGUUUAGGGGUUUAAGUUUCAAGAAGAGAAGAAAGAAAGUAGAUAGUGCCCUAGCUCAACUGUGUCAAGAGCCAAGACACACCCACCAAUUUCAAACCUACGACCUCGGACAUUAAGGAUUUAGGGUAGUAAGGUUAUGGCUGAAGAGACACAGAUACAAGAAUCGGGAAAUGUCCCGAUGAAGAGAAGAUUAGGGCAAAAAAAGGGUGGCAAGGGAAAAAAGAAGAUGAAAGUGUACAAGGGUUCUGGUGAAAAGGUCAAAGUCAAUAAGAAAAUGCAAAAAAUAUUUCGGAAAAGGGCGAGGGACUAUAAUUCUGAUGAUGAUGAAGAGGGUGAGGAUGAUGAUGAUGAGGGUGAUGAGCUGGUGCCUGUGAUUAGGAAUAAGAAGAAUCAAAGGCGUGAAAGUGAGGAGGUAGAUGAUGAGAAGUCUUCUGAUGAUGAUGAUGGGGAGGAUCGUGAGGACAAAGGUGAGGAAUUUGAAGUUUCUGAGGACGAAGAUGGUGAAAUUCAGCCUGGGAUUACAAAGUUUACGAAAGGUUCUAGUGCAUUUAGAAAGGCUUUUAUGAAGAUUACCAAGAAGAAAGUUGCGGACAGCGUGUUGGGUCCUGUAUUGUCAGCGCACAAGAAGCUUAUAGCUGAGAAACUUGCUGAAGAAGAAGUUGAACGCAAAGUCAAGGGAGAAGUUAAGAAGGAAAAACACAUUGUAGGAGAGAAAGGACAUGUCCAGCUGCCUGCUAAUUUCUUAGACACACAUGAAAAGUUUUUAAUAGGAAUUGCUACAAAAGGAGUGGUCAAAUUAUUUAAUGCUGUGAACAAAGCACAAAGUGCUAAGAAAGGAUUGAACCCUGAGAGGGCAAAAGAUGCAAAAGUUAUUAAGCAAAAAAAGAGAGCAGCCUUCUUUUCAGAGUUGGGCAAGAAGCCAUAUAAAUCAGAAGCUUCUUCAAAGGCUGAAGGCGAGGGUCCUUCUUGGGCUCCAUUGCGUGAUAAUUUCAUGCUUACAAAUUCGAAGUUGAAAGACUGGGAUAAGAUGCAUGAUACAACUGGGCCAGAGGACUCUGGAAUGCCAACAUAUAGUUCAUCAGAUGAUGAAGAUUAAGGCGCACAAGAAGUAUAUUUUCUCCAUCCUUUAUGAAAUUGAAAUCUAUCUUUUGACUGUAGAAAAUAGAUCAGGGAGUUGUAUAAUGUUACAAUAUUGUCAUUAGCUACAUCGUGACAGUUAAUAUCAGUAAUGACAAUUAUGUGUGUAAUGGGUUGUGGGAAGCCUCACUUGGUCUGGGAAUUAUGCUAUUUUCCUAAGAUAACUGUUUCAAAGUGAUAGUUAAAGUUUGGGGUUAAUUAUCUAAUUGGUCA